UUCUGGGACUGUAGUUUGAAGCAGCUGUAAACUGAAUUGGUGACAUCGCGAACGAGACUUCAAUGCCCAGAAACGUAAUCUUUUUGUUGUAGCUGUACGGCUUGUUCGUGAGAGUCGCACUGAACUUGCAGUUGUGCAAAUUCCCCGAUCUUUAAUAAUCUGGAUAUAUUUUGGUCAAUUGUAUGUAAAUCAAAAUGAUUUGAAGAUCGAAUAAUCUGCUCCGCGCCCGGGUCGGGUCCUCUCGACAACCAUCACUGUCUUGUAAUGUUUACUUCUUUCGUGCUUCGGCGUGUCCUCUCAAGCGCUUGUGUAGCGGACUGAUGUAGUGUCUGUUUGCUAAAUUAUUUGACACAAACAGUUCAUAGGUUGGGUAGCUUUAUUCAUACGCUUUAUUCACACGAAGAAAGUCCAUCGUGCACAAUUGAUGAAAAUACUCGAUGUGAAUACACCCAGGUAGUUGCAGCCAUAGUCGAGAACGAAGUGCGAGCAAGAUCCUCGUUCAUGAUGGCGAUGUUUCGCAGUUUUGUGUCCGCUACUCAUCAGCUGAGGCAGCAUCAACAAAACGGGGCAGCCGCGGCUGCCACUGGCGAGAGUCUCGAGAGCCAGUUCUCCUGCCCAAUUUGCCUGGAGGUGUAUCAUAAACCUGUCACCAUUGGAAGAUGUGCCCACACGUUCUGUGGGGAGUGUCUGCAGCCUUGUCUCCAGGUCACCUCUCCCCUCUGCCCUCUGUGCCGCAUGCCUUUUGACCCAAAGAAGGUGGACAAGUCCUCCAGUGUGGAGAAACAGCUGUCCAACUACAAGGCCCCCUGUCGGGGCUGCAGCAAGAAGGUCCAGGAACAGAUGGCCAACUGCCCAAAGUUUGUGCCUGUGGUCCCCACUUCACAGCCCAUUCCCAGCAAUGUUCCAAACCGCUCCACCUUUUCAUGCCCGUUCUGUGGAGCCCGUAAUCUGGAUCAACAGGAGCUGGUCAAACACUGUAUGGAGAACCACCGCAACGAUCCCAACAAAGUGGUGUGUCCUGUAUGUUCAGCCAUGCCCUGGGGGGACCCCAGCUACAAGAGCUCCAACUUCCUCCAGCACCUCCUUCACCGGCACAAGUUCUCCUACGACACGUUUGUGGACUACAGCAUUGACGAGGAGUCAUCACUGCAGGCAGCCAUGGCCCUGUCCUGUCAAAUCAAAUGUUAAAGUGAGUGACUGUCUGACUCUGUGUUUACAGGACUACAGUAUCGAUGAAGAGGCGGCACUACAGGCAGCCCUGGCUCUCUCCAUGGCAGAGAACUGAGAGUCCUCUGAGUCCCCCAUUCUGCUGUCUGGGGACUCACUUCCAUCCCGACACCCCACUAGCUCUCUUCCUUUCUCUGGAUCCACCCCAUAUCCAGCCCCCUCCACUGUCUCCUCACAGGGAACGUUUGGAAGGACCUGGCCCUGGCCAAGACUCCCACUCUGGGAGAGCUACAGAGAGAUUAUCUCCUAACCCUGUCCCUGAUUCUCUGCCUGGCCCUUCAUCCACUCUGCUCACCUGCUUAACUCGUCCCAUUACAUCAUACUCUCAGCCGGCAGCAGCCCCUUCACUUCCUGUAUACUUGGGAGGAGGGGAGCUUGGCCUCCCAAUAAAUGUUGCAAUUUAAAACCACUGCAAUGUAAACCAGUGAGUACAGCAUGGACAUUGUUGUUAUUCUGCAGUAAGUAUGAAGGUUCCCAAAAGUAAUGAUUUAAGGUAUUUUCUUUUACUCUUUGUUUUUCACUGUUCAAAUGAAACAUUUUCAAACUCCAGGAAAAUGCCAUCACUUGACACACGUUCUGGUAAAAGUACCACAGAUUAGUUCUGUUCAAGUUUGAUGGCAUUUUGAUUGAGGGACUACAGUUGAAUGGCUUGACCCCAUUCUCAGUGUGAUAAUCUUACCACUGGGUGACAGUCUAGACAUGACCAGUUGAACACAGAGAGUGAGGACAUUCUUACAUCUCCAUCACGACAACAACACACAACACACAUUUGCAACGCGAAUCAAAACAAACUCCCAAACUAUCCCCUUUUGUAUUCAGAGUUUGUGUGAAUACUUGCACUUGUCACAUUUUUCUACAUAAUUGAACUAUAGAUUGUUCUUAUUUCACAGUUGAGAAACAGAAUUGUAGUACUCCAUUCAUUAUUCACUCUGCUGAUAUUUUUAUGAAGCACCAGACAAGAUUAAAAAAAUAUAUUUUUGGAAAAUGUCCCAGUUUCAAAUGGUGUACUAACAAUAAGAAACAAGUUUAUUGGAGAUGUGUUCGUUGUUUUACCACCUUUUUCUAAGUACCCGUUGGUACUGUACUGCUGGCAUCAGUUGUUAGCAGGAGCUUAGAGCCCAUGUGUAAUACGCUCUCAAACACAAGAGGGCGCCCCAGUCUCAAAAUAGACCUGGCAAUAGUCAUUCAAAGCCAUGUUCUUAUAAGUCAGUGUUACUCCAAGUCAUCAUGUUUAUACCAUUCACAGUAUUGUGAAGAAUGCCUAUGUGUUGCCUAAAUAUAUGACCUGUUUGGUUUAGUGCCCACUAGGAGAAGUGCAAUAUUAUGACGUGAGUACUGUUGGAUAAGUCUAUCCUUGUGGUUGAGUUGGAUGCUGUCGCAUAAGAGUCCAGUUUUAUGUUAAUUAUUGUCUUGAACACCAAUGUUCCUAGGCCAUUUACCUUUCAGGAUCCGCACUGCUCCAAUCUCAGUGGGGUCUCCCCAAAACCCAUUGGUCAUCAGAGCUGUGAAAAUCUGUUUGUAACAGGCCUGGAAUGUGUACGGCAUAUUGAAUCAUUAUGUUCCAAUGGUUUGUUAGACGUCCACUUUCUGAUAGCGCAGUAAUUAUUCAAGUUGGAUUGAAACAGAACUGUUCAGAACAGCUGCAUAUUCAAUCUUAUGAGAUUAAUUUCUCUUAACGGCACUUUGCUUCAAAGGGAUACAAUUAUGAAAGUACGUUGCCCCGAAGUAAAUGUCCAAUUAUAAGCCAUGUUUGAGUAGUAGUGUACCCGUUGAGCUAGCAUUGAUCUAUGGAGGUUUAAGAGAAUGCUUAGGUUCACUCUGAUGAAGGAUGCAUUAUGGGAAACUGGUUUUAUUGUUCUUUAUAUAGCAAGCAAUGGAGGAAGAUAUUGUCAAAUCAAAUUGAUUUAUAUAGCCCUUCGUACAUCAGCUGAUAUCUCAAAGUGCUGUACAGAAACCCAGCCUAAAAGCCCAAACAACAGCAAGCAAUGCAGGUGUAGAAGCACGGUGGCUAGGAAAAACUCCCUAGAAAGGCCAAAACCUAGGAAGAAACCUAGAGAGGAACCAGGCUAUGUGGGGUAUUGUGUAUUGUGAUUAGUUGUUACUAGACUGACGAGUAGAAGUAUAACGGUCUGUCCAUUUGCGUUUUUCCUUGCUUCCGAGGGGAAUUGUACAUACGGUAGAGAAUGCAACAUUUAGAUUUAGGUCUAAUAUUUCACAAGUUAUAUCUUUUACCCAGAGCAAUGCAUUGAAAUAUUGCACUUUAAUUCUGAAAUAUAUUUUGAAGGGUAGGAAUUUUGUCAUUUUUUUUCUCUCUUUUACUUUAAUUCGUUCCAAUGUGUCCCAUUUCAUGGUGGAUGAUAAUGUAAGUUGUGGCUGUUUUUGUGUAAGAGCAGAGGGAAGGUUAAUAUGAUCUCAGUCAUAGCAUGUUGUUUUGGAGUACUGGGCUGGUAUAAAAUGUAUUUGUCUGUUGUGUCAUUUAAUAUUUUAUAGAUGGGUAUAGAUUGCAAAAUCAACUGAGAAAACCAUCCCAGAUGCACAAUAGUGUGGCAAAUCAAAAUGGACUCUCUGCUUCGUCGGAAGUGUUCCUGGAGAUAAUGCAUCCUUAUUUUAAAGACCAUCGACAUGUUAUAUUUUCGGUGUUUUAAAUGUAAUGUACUGGUUGGUGGCACAGUAUUGGCAGCUGUAGCCAUUGGAGAAAAACUGUCGUCACCAUGAGAAGUCCUGAGUUUCUUCUGGGGAACCAAGGAAUUGUCACGCAUCUUUAAUUUAAUCAUUUACUCUGCCUUUUUUACUACCUAAUAAUGAUGCUAUUUUAGAAAUGUAAGGUAAAAGGUAUUGUGUGUUUAGAUCAGCGUUCGCGAGCUGUAGCCUAAUGUAGAUUUUGUAUGGAGUAUACCUCAAAUGUAUACUUUUCACUCUUUGUGUACUGUUGCAUCCAUGCAGAAUGCCACUGUACUGUGCAUCAUCAUACCAAAUGUCCUGCUUGUGGUCAAAACCAGCCCAAUCUCUGUAAAAUAAACUCAAUGUUGCAGGUCACACACUGAUAGACCACCUGCAACAAAGACAUACACCAAAAACCCCAAAAACAGGACGUUGAAAAGGAAAGUAUUUGUAUGAACUUUGUUGGGUCAUUUUUCUCAAGAGGGCCUUACUGAGACUGUCUGUUCUAAACUUGGUAAGGCUGACAGGAAAUAGACUGCCAUAUAGACCCGUAUCACAGCAAUCAGAGAAGACAGAGCCUGUGUCUCUGACUGUGUGUCCCCCCCAGGACUUGGCUGCCCUGAGAGUGUAUGUAAUGUCACUCAGUAUAGACACAGGCUGAUGUUGUCCUCCCCAGGGGGGUCUGCGCUACAGUCACUUGAAGCAGGACGUUUCCUUCAGGGCCACUGUACCCUAGAGACCCAGCCUGGGGUUUUGGCCCUACUGUCAGGGCCUGUGUGUGUUAAAUGUGAUUUAUGCAUUCUUGAAAAAAAGUAAUAAUACCAGUAAUAACAAUGUGGAUAUUCAAGUUAUAACACUGUUUGAAGUUUAAUAAGAUAUUGUAUUUGUAGCAGAUUUUUCUUUCCCUCAAUAAAAACACUGACCCAUCCCA